AGGAAAGCAACAGACUGACACGGUCAUGGCGCCAACGAAAACCGCGAUCGUCCAGGCGAAAAUUCGUCAUGAGCUCCGGCACUUGCAUGAGAAUCACGAAGUCCCUGAAGACAUUCAGCGCAUGGCGGCGAUGAUUUUGGACCUGAUGCACAAACUCGCCCACAACACGAUUGCGGUCGCGGACGUCGUCGACGCCGAACAUCGCAUGGAGUCGUUCCUCACGGCAAAUUCAAAGUCAAAACACAUUGCUGUGUUUGAAUCCGCCAUGCUCGAGAUGACCCGCGCGGUGGUGGUGACAGCGCUGCAGGAGUCGCUGCAUGCACUCUUGUCGUUUGGGGCGUUUGUACCGGCGGCGUUGAGGUUCUGGAAGCGACAGCUCAAGAAUCCCCUCGAGUUGUUCCUCCUCACGUUGCCAGAUAAGGUGUUCGUCCUGCCGGGCGGCGACAUCUCGACAGACGAAAAGAUCCGCGUCUUGGACGAAACCUACGAAACCUUGCUUGUCCAUAUUGGUGAAUUGAAGCUCCAAUUGCUCAAGUGGCCGCACACAGAGUCCAAGCGAAACCAGGACAUGAUGCAGGCGUCGCAAGCGCUCCUAUUAAAGGUCUUUUCGACCGAACACUUGAUUCGUCCCAACGCUGUGACUGCCAACGUUUUGGAGAAUGCUUCACCCACCCCGGCAUCGGUCUCCUCCGGUCGCGCCCGGUUCUCCGUCAAGGUAAUUCUGGACUUCGUUGAAGGGCUACCAAAUCUCCGCACGGCCUACAAGGUGGAAUUGGACCAUGUUCUAUCAGGUUGCACGAUCCCACCUUUCCUCCGGCGUCGUUGGUGGCACGUGUCGGUUGGCGCCGUCGGUGCAUCGCUUGGCCUGGUCUACCUCGUGCGCAAUCGGCAUGAGCUGGGCCAACUCGCCCACACCAUGCACAAAGGAAUUCGCGACUUUGUUGUGGACCACAUGGUCGUGCCCAUCAACAACAUCGUUGGCGAGAUUCUGCUGAGCAAGAAGGCUCUGAUCCAAGACCCUCUGGCCCUAAAGGAUUCGAAGGAGAGCCUCCAACGCAUGCUCGCAGACUUCAUUCACGAUACGAACCCGUCCAUGCCGUUGGCGCAGCAACAGGCCAUGGUGGCCAACAUGGACAUGUCGGUCGUGUCGCUGCAGUACGAGAAGGAGUUGCCCAAGGCUGUGCGCAACCUCGUGACUGGAGACAUCGUGCGCAUGAUGCUGAUUCAGAUUCAAUUCAUCAAGAAAGAACUCAUGGUCGCGAUGAAAGCGAUCGACGAAUUGAUGGACGCAAACCAACUCAACAUGCAAAUGAUGGCGACUCUGCCCAUGUUUGUCGUCGCCGGUGGCAUUUACGUCGUGAUUUCGAAAACGUCCAGACUUCUCUACCAGUUUACGAGCUCGGCCAUGUACGAGGACCCCAAGAGCGUUGCGUCCCAAAUGCGCUACGCAUUGAGAGAUAUUGAACGCCUCCUCAACAUGCAAAACGUCAACGGCACCAUCGAUGCGGAUGCCCUCCCCGGCCUAAACAGCCAAGUCUCGACCAGCUCCAUGUCACCACUCUUGCGCGCCGCGGUGGCGGAAGGGAAUGGCGGCGGUACGACGUUGGGCGUUCGCGACAUGGGGUACUUGGUCGUGCUACUGGACCAACUCCAGCAGCUUUUUGAGCGCAAUCGAGGGUACUUUGACGAAGACGAGCAAAAGCGGUUCGAAGAGGACGUGACGGAUUUAGUCGGCGAACACAUGCUUGUGUCGCAGCAACUGGCCGUGAUUGCCCGCAUGCACCACAGCCACGCAUUUCUCGUCAAAGGCGUGAGUUCCAAGUGGUUCCACUAGUCGAAACGUCUAGGCCAAGCAACGGCGAUGGAUGUUUUCGCCAGGUGUACUGAGUUUGGGUUGGGAAUUGUUUUUUCUUGACACAAAUCGUUCAACAAGCUCAACGCUGUGGAGGUCUCUCUACCAGCCCAUGGGCAGCCCGUCC